UCCUCAUUCUCCGGCCACAGGAAUAAAGGAAUAAGCUAGGAAGAAUGAGGGGCAGCAUCUUCUCUCUCACAAUGGCGCCUCUCCUCCGCCGCCUCGCCGCGGCGCUGCUCCUCGCCGCCUUCGUCGUGGACGAGGCGUCGGGCCAGCUGGAGCUGGGCGCGCCGCAGCAGCAGCCGGGGCUGAUGAUGAUGCCGAACCGGUCGCCGCCCACGAGGGCGUUCCAGGACGCGGUACGGCUCCCCGUGGACAACGCGGCCGGGUUCGCCGGGUGGUGGAACGUGCUGAGCGAGAACGCGGGCGUGUCCGCGAUGCACCUGGCCGUGAUGCGGCACGGGAAGGCCGUCAUGUUCGACACGACCACGACGGGGCCCUCGCUCCUGCGGCUGCCCCCCGGCAACUGCCGCCCGGACCCGCGGAGCAUCCCGCCGGGCUUCUUGGACUGCUCCGCGCACGCCGUCGAGUUCGACUACAACACCGGCCGGCUCCGGCCUCUCAAGAUCUUGACUGACACGUGGUGCUCGUCCGGCGCGUUCGACGGGGAGGGCAUGCUCGUGCAAACCGGCGGCUACUUCGAAGGGGUCAAGGUCGUGAGGCACCUGAGCCCACACGACAAUGGCGACUGGAGAGAGUUCCCCAAUACCUUGGCCGACGGAAGAUGGUACGGUACGACGCAGGUGCUCCCGGACGGGCGAUUCAUAGUGAUCGGCGGGCGUCGUGCGUUCAGCUACGAGUUCGUCCCGGCUCCGGGCCAGUCGAACGCCAACGCCAUUCCCCUCCCGCUGCUCCGCGACACGACCGACGACGUGGAGAACAACCUGUACCCGUUCGUGCACCUCCUCCCGGACGGCACCAUCUUCCUCUUCGCCAACGACCGCUCCAUCGUGUUCAACCCCCAGAACGGGCAGAUCCUCCGCGAGCUCCCGAAGCUCCCCGGCGGGGCCCGGAACUACCCGGCCUCCGCCAUGUCCGUGCUCCUGCCCCUAGACCUCCGCCGCGGCGAGAGGCUCAACGCGGAGGUCAUGGUCUGCGGCGGGGCGCCCAAGGACGCCUUCAAGCUCGGCGAGGUGAACAAGUUCCCCAACGCGCUCCGGGACUGCGGCCGCAUCAACCCGGCCAAGCCCGGGGCCCGAUGGUCCAUGGACCAGAUGCCCGUGGGCCGCGUGAUGGGCGACAUGCUGAUCCUGCCCACGGGGGACCUGCUGCUCAUCAACGGCGCGGCCCAGGGCUGCUCCGGAUGGUGGUUCGCCAGGCAGCCCGUGCUGAGCCCGCUGCUCUACUCCACGCGGAAGCCCCGGGGCGCCCGGUUCCGGGCCCUGGCCCCGUCCAACAUCCCGCGCAUGUACCACUCCAGCAGCGCGGUGCUGCCCGACGCCACCGUGCUCGUGGCCGGCGGCAACACCAACUCGGCCUACAACUUCAGCGGCGUCGACUUCCCCACGGAGGUGCGCGUCGAGCGGUUCACGCCGCCGUACCUCGCGCCCGAGCUCCUCGCCAGCAGGCCGGAGAUCGACGCGGCGUCGGUGCCGGGGAACGGGAUGAAGUACGGGGCCAAGUUCUCGUUCCGUUUCUCGACCCCCGGCGGGCAGCCCCCCGUGUUGGAGGGCGACGUCAAGGUGACCAUGUACGCGCCGCCGUUCACGACGCACGGCUACUCCAUGAACCAGCGGCUGCUGGUGCUGCAGGUCACCGCGUUCAAGGCGGAAGGGGCCAAGCACAAGGUCACCAUCCACGCGCCGUCCAAGCCGGCGCUCGCGCCGCCGGGAUACUACAUGGUGUUCGUGCUGGCCAAGGGGGUGCCCAGCAAAGCCGCGUGGGUCAAGAUACACCAGUAAACAGCAUGCCCUGCAGUCCCCGGCAAGCAGGAAUUUGAAAGGGGCGUAGGCACUUGUGGCAUACCGUAUAUGCAUGCCCUUGCCCCAGUUUGAUUCGUGCCCGGCCGGACCCAUGGAUUUCCCCUCUCUCUCUACGAUGGUACGGUUUCUCCGAUUAUUUUUAGGGAGUUUAUUGUAGGGAUAUGGAUCGAACAUUUAACCGAUCCAAUGACAACUUCGUAGCGUGCUUAGUCUUGUAAGACGGAAGACGGGAGAACAGAGUAAACGUGUAUGUGCAAUUGUUUCUUUUUUAAUUAAACUGCAAUUUUAUUUGUUGAUCCUUCUGUGUUGGCUUCUGGAGAGUAAUAUCAACAUUUUCCCCUA